ACACCAGUCGAGAUCAUCAGUUGAAUCCAAUCAACCAGUGCACUCAGUAUCCAAAACCGGAGAAACUCAUCCAUAAUCAAUAUGAAAUUCUUCUCAGUCGUCACUGUUUUCGUGCUCGGUCUGCUGGCUGUGGCCAACGCUGUUCCACUGUCGCCCGAUCCAGGCAAUGUGCUCAUCAACGACGACUACAUACGGUGCACUUUCCACCGUGGCAAGUAGGAUGUUUCUACACAAGGAUACGAAAAAGUUGAUCGUUUGUCCGGUGUGUUCAGCUUAUAAAACCGGAUCUAUUAAUUGAAAAUCAAUAUG